AUGGAAAGUAAAGAUAACGUUGCAACAGAACGUUGCAAAGUGGAUACAACGCAGCCUGGCUAUCGAAAGCGCUUGAUGCGUCGAGUAAAUGAAGAAUCACAUACGCAAGAAUCAGUAACCAGUACUGUAAUUUCAAAGUUAUCAGUUCACUGUUGUAUUGCAAAUGAGAAUUCCACUCAAAAUAAUUUAAACAAGGCAGAAAACAUGGAUGUUAAUGACAGUUAUAAAACUAUCAAAUAUUCAUUGAUCUCAGUGAAUUAG